AAUCAACGGGCUCUUCUAAGUAUAACCGGCGAUCGUUAGUUUUAUGGAAGUUGGACGAAGGAAACAACAUUGAAUACACAGAUAUCUCUUAUUUUCUUUUACGUUGACUAACAGUUUCGACUUAUCAUCAAGAUGCCAGACAAAUGGGUCUAUGUUACUCGCAGGAUUCCAAAGCCUGGACUGACCAAAUUAUCAGAAUUAUUUAAUAUUGACUCAUAUGAGAGCGACGAAGCUAUACCUCACGAUGUUCUUGUCAACAGUAUGAAAGAAAAACGUUACGAUGCCUUGCUUUGUAUGUUAACAGACAAAAUAGAUAAAGAAGUUUUGGAUGCAGCGGGUCCUCAACUAAAAAUUGUAGCCACCAUGUCUGUUGGCUAUGAACAUAUUGACCUUCAGGAAUGCGCAAAGAGAAAUAUUUUGGUGGCUAACACACCCGGUGUUUCAACUGACAGUGUAGCAGAAUUGACAGUUUCACUUUUAUUGAUGACAGCUCGUAGAGUUCCAGAAGGUGUUAAUGCAGUCAAGAAAGGAGAAUGGGGUCAGUGGAAGCCCAUGUGGCUUUGUGGUACUGAACUCACUGGCAAAGUGUUGGGCAUAUACGGACUUGGAAGAAUUGGAUUCAAUGUUGGGCGCAGACUGAAACCUUUUGGGUUUUCUAAAAUUUAUUACACAGAUGUACAGGAAGUGAGCUACGCCAAAGACAUUGACGCCGAGUUCAUCAAUUUUGAAGGCCUUAUUCAGAAAUGUGACUUCAUUUGUGUGUGUUGUAAUCUAACACCUCAGACCAGGCAUAUGUUUAAUGCAGAUGUAUUUAAGAAAAUGAAGAGGAAUGCUAUCCUUAUCAACACUGGCAGAGGGGGUGUGAUUGACCAUGAAGCUCUAACAGAAGCUUUGAAGAAUGGUGAUAUAACAGCUGCAGGCCUGGAUGUUACUGAACCCGAGCCACUGCCAAAGACUCAUCCCCUUGUCUCACUACCAAACUGUGUUAUACUGCCUCACAUGGGAAGCAACACUUGGGACUCUCGCAACGCCAUGGCUGAGAUUGCAGCUAGGAACUGUGUAGCUGCCAUCACUAAUUCGACCCCUGAAGGAAUCGUUUCUGUUUAAUGUCACAGCUUUGUGAAGCACACAACUCUUGAUAUUCCACAUAUCCCUCUCUAGAUUUGAAUAGCUGUGUUGCUCUAAUUGCUUACCUUGAAAAAAUACUUUCUGAUCUGAGCUAGCUUUUUCUAGUUUUAGUUUCUUCUCUCAUUUAGUUUCAAAACAGAUUGUAAGAAAAGGGCAUUCAAUAAUAUACAAUCACAACUUGUGCACAGGCACUACUAGCUUGUUUUUACUUGAUAUUUCUUCUAGAAUAAAAUUGAUAUUUCUAAAAAAAAUAUACAGUUAUUUGCAUUCUUAAAUUUUUUAACAAAUCAGUGAAUAUUUAUGAACAAAAUUAUUAUUUAGAUUCAAAUACUAAAUAAUUGCCUACCCAAAAGAUUAAUGUUUGUCAAUUAUUUUUUUUUAUUUCAAUUUUAAAGAAUACCAUUCUUAUUUUAACAUUAUGAAAUUGUGUAAAAUUCUAUUAUUAAAUUGUAGUAUAUGCUUUUCAAAAUAAAUAUAAACUAUUGCUAACAAUAAAGCAAGGCUAAAAUUUGUUACUGAAUACGCCUUAUAUAGUUCCUACUUUCAAUAUUGAUAAACUCUUAUUGCUGCAGUACUAAGAACACCCAUCAAGUAUGAGUUUUAGAAACAAAUGUGUGUAUAUCUCCUAAAUCUAUACACAUGCAAUAUUAAUUUAUUGACAGCACAAAAGGGUAAACUAUUGAUGUUGCUCAGCUUAUCAGAUAUGGCUUUAAAAAUUCUUUUUCUAUUUUUUCUAUGAUCGUUUAAGAAAAAAAAAAGUGACAUUAAGAAAUUGUUUAAACUAUGGAAGAAAAAAAAACUAUAAACUGCAAUGAAAGGUUUUUUGUUAUUGUUUACUUAUCUACUUUAUAAAAUAAUUUACAUUUUAUCUUUAUUUUUUUUUUAUUACUGCUUUCAAUUUUGAAGUUUUAUAUACUUUAAAAAAAAAAAUUGGAAUUACAUUUUUUUCUGUCAUAACUUACAUGAAAUUUGAUGUGUAUAGCACAGAUGAUUUAAUUUUUUGAAUGUGUAAUAUUUAGGAUUAUCACACAAUCACAAAACAAAAUACUUCUACCUUUGCUUUAUGUGUAUAGUAGGGCUGCCAACUGGCAUGUUUUUACUGUUUUGAUUUUUUAAAAAACUCGUUAUGGUGCUUUAUUAACUAUGACUUCAGUCUUUGACAAUGGUUUUGACCAAGCUUUUGGGUUAUAAAAAAACAGUUGGCAGCCUUAGUCAUAUUUAGUGAAACAGGAAGUGAUGUUACAUGGGUGAUUAACUUAUUGACUUUAUAUGUUUUCUCAUCUUUAGUAAAUAAAAUGUAACAAAUAAUAUUCAUAUUUAUUAUUGAAAUAUCUCUUGUUGAGUUCUUAUUUAGAAAACAAUUCCAGUUGUUUUCAAUGAGAGCAGAAGGUAAACAUUUCUUGUUUUCAAAAUGGCUGCCCUGUGAUUGUUACAAAUGUUUCCAUCUCACUACUAAAAAGGUCUUAAUAUCUUUGAGGUUAUAAACAUUGAGAUUGUGGAGAUGGUCUAAUUUAUUCAAAGAAUGAAACAAAAGCAAAAAAUAACCCCUUCAAAUCAAAUACUUGUACGAGUCCCUUUAAAAAAAAAAAGUAACUCCUUAAUACUGUUACCAAAGAUUCUGGUUUGAAAUUAAAAGAUUCUAUUUCCAUUAUAGAAGAUUUCUGUAAUUUACAUUUAUUGUUGAUUUGUUGCUUAGAUACAUGCCGCACUAUCCCUUUCAAUUUAAGCCUCUCAUUUUUGUGUAACCCAUAGUACUGUUUGCAUUGCCUUCUGCUUCUGAAUUCCAACAUUUGAAGCUUUCGAUCAAUGCUGAGAGAUCAAAUAUUUAUUUAAAACUUGUAUGUGUAUAUAACGGAGACUUGUUCACAUUCAACCUGUGAUAGACAAAAACUUAUUUAUAUAUCACAGCUUUAAAUAAUACAAAAGGUGAUGCUGCUUUUUCUUCUUUCUUGCUAAUGAGUUUAGGGUCAAUUAUUUGUGUGUUGCUGAUGUCAUAUUUUUUGUCUCUACAUUGGCAUCAUCUACCUGUAGUAUGUAGUUUUAUGUUAAUCUCCUCAGCAGGAUCUGGUUUUUUAUUUAAGUUUUUUUGUUGUUGUUGAUAUUAUGGUAUCCACAUGACGGUGACAUUUUUAUUUAACCCCAUUAAAAUGUAUUUCAAGGUUCAACAUGUAUUUUUUGUUUAUUUAAACACAGAAGACUUGGUUUGAAACAAUUUUCAUGGAUUAUGUCAAAAUCAAAAUGAUUCCAACUAUAAACAAAAUGUCUUUGUGUGUGUGUGUGUGGAGUUCCAUCUUGUAUUACACACAGUGUAGCCUAUGUACAUUACAUUUUAGAAGCCCUCGCUGCGUGUAUAAUGGUAGCUUUGUUUAUAUUCCUGCAUGUGCUUGCUUCUUAUGUUUGCACUAGUCAUUGAUAGUCUUCUGUCAAGCUUACACACACAGUGUAUCAAAACACAAGAUCAAUUUUUUAAUUAUUUUUUUUUAAAUAAGUUUUACUUGGAAUUGAACAAAUAUUUUUAUGUGUUUUAAUUUUUUAAAAAUGAUUUACACUGUUUUCAUUAAGAAUUAACUUUUUAAGUGAGUCUAUCCUAAAUUUUAUUGCCAUAUUUGAUUUUUAAAAAAUGUAUCCCAUGGGCUUGUGCUGCCACUUCCUGUGUAGUCUGAGAACAAGAACUUUGUUUUUUUUUUGGUCCAUAUGUAACAAAAUGUUUUGUUUUUAUACUUAGAUGUUUGUCAUUUGGACUUAUAUCCUGGUGGUAUACUUGUUGAGUAAAUUAUUUCCUCUA